AUGUCAUUUAGCGGAUCUUUUGGCGGAGGCCGUGGUGGCGGCGUAAGUUCAACAACAAUGAUGGUUGAGUCAUCAAAUGUGGGAAAGAUCAUAGGUCUUGUUGGAAGUAAAAUCAGAGAUCUAGAACAAGACAGUAAUGCCAGAAUCAAAAUAUCCAGAUAUGAGGAUGGAAUGAAAUCUGUUGAAAUCAGUGGAACAACGGAAGAGAUUGAAAAUGCCAAGAGACUAAUUGAAGAAUGCCUUAGUGGUGGAAGCCGUGGUGGCGGCGGCGGUGGUAGAGGCUUUGGAGGUGAUGGUGGAGGUGGUGAUGGUAGAGGCUUUGGACGUGAUGAUGGAGGUGGUGAUGGUAGAGGCUUUUGA